AAAUAAUCAGGAAAUAAUCAUCUUAUGCGUGUGCAGUGCAGUGCUUAACCAAAAAAAAAAAUGAAAAAUUGUAAAUUAAUUUAAUUUUGCAAAGUAGAGAUAUGUGGGUAAAUUUUUGUAAGUACUAAGUAUGGUAUUUCAAAACGAAAAAUUAACAAUUCUUUAUGGUUCUCAAACGGGUAACGCACAAGAUUUAGCUGAGAGAAUUUGGAGGGGUUCUAAACGGUUUUAUUUUAGAAGCACAGUAAAUUCUUUGAAUGAAUAUAAUGUUUUAGAAUUAAUAAAUGAAAGAUGUAUUGUGUUUGUAUGUUCUACUACUGGUCAGGGUGAAGAACCAGACAAUAUGAAAGGAUUUUGGAAAUUUUUGCUUAGAAAAAAUUUGCCUAAAAAUUUAUUAUGUAAUUUAAGAUUUGGCGUAAUUGGUCUAGGAGAUUCUAGUUACGAAAAAUUUAAUUAUGUUGCAAAAAGACUGCAUAAAAGACUUUUACAGUUAGGUGCUCAAGCUAUCUUACCACUUGGCUUAGGUGAUGAUCAGCAUGACCUAGGAUAUGACGGAGCUGCUGAUGUUUGGGAGAAACAAUUAUGGACAGAGUUGCUAAUAAAUUAUCCUUUACCUAAUAGCAUUCAACCUUUACCCAAAGAUUACAAAACAGAACCAAGGUGGAAUGUUUCUGUUAAUUCAGCCAUUAAAAAUAGUAUAAACAAAAAUCAGUCAAUUUAUUAUUCCACUAGAAGGCAUACGGACUUUACAGCAGUAGUAGUGGAUAAUGAGCGAUUGACUAGCUCUGAACAUUUUCAAGACGUACGAUUACUGAAAUUAAAAACUGAUGGUCAAGAGUAUGCCCCCGGCGAUUUAGUAGUUUUGAGGCCAAAGAAUUUAAAUUGGCAAAUAGAAGAAUUUAAAGAAGUGCUGGUGUCAAAUAGCGUAGAUAUACAGUCUAGCGCAGUAUUAAACAUUUCAGAAAACAAUUCCCAAAUUCCUGUACCUGAUAUUUUAAAACAAAAUAUAACAUUUGACCAACUCUGUGAAGAGUACUUUGAUCUAAUGGCAAUCCCUAGACGACACACUUUCAACGUCCUGGCCCAGAUAACAGACAGCGAAUUAGAAAAGGAAAAGUGUCUGGAAUUUACUAGUGCCGAAGGCCAAGAUGACUUGUACACUUACGUAAACAGGGUGAAAAGAAAUAUAGUAGAAGUUCUAAGGGACUUCCCUCAUGCUACCAAGAAUCUCACGCAAGAAUUAUUGCUGGAAAUAAUACCUCCGAUAAAGCCUAGAGAAUUUUCCAUUGCCAGUAGCUAUAAGGCUCACGACGAAAUUCACAUACUGCUUGCCAUAGUCAAAUAUAAGACAAAAUUAGUUAAAGAAAGGAUUGGCCUAUGUUCUAAUUAUCUGGCUGGCUUGCAAAAAGGUGACGAGAUCACUGCCUGGAUAAAACAUGGCAGUUUCAAUUUUCCAAAAAAUUCGGAUUUUCCUGUCAUAAUGGUAGGACCUGGCACUGGAGUAGCUCCUUUUAGAAGUUACAUAUUUGAGAGGUACAAAGAAAAUAAUUCGAAUCCAACCAAUUUAAUCCUCUUUUAUGGGUGUCGUUAUAAAAGUAAAGACUUUUUAUGCAGAGACGAGUUUGAAAAACUUCACGCAGAAGAAAAGUUAAACUUGAUAUGUGCAUUUUCAAGGGACCAGGACAGUAAAAUCUAUGUUCAGGACAAAAUUAAGGAAAAUAAAAGUAUUAUUUGGGAAGCUUUAAGUAAGAAUGCUUACAUUUUUGUUGCGGGUAACGCAAAAACACGCCUACAACAACCCGUGAAACUUCAACCGUCUUGGGAGGAGAAUAACUUGCCAGAGGACGAAUUGAAUUUUAAAAGUUUGACCAUGGAUGAAGCGAGUUUACAGCUCAACACUCCUCCCGAUAAAUACAAUUUAGUGUAUUUAACGUUUCUGAUCCAUGGUAUCGGUGUUUUAUUGCCUUGGAACAUGUUCAUCACUGCCAAUGCAUAUUUUAUAAAUUAUAAAUUCUCCCAGGAGUACUUAGGAUACGUGUUUCCUCAUUUGUCUAAUUUUAUGCAGUAUCUGACGUUUUGUUCUCAAGUUCCUAAUGUCCUUUUUAGUUGGAUUAAUAUUUUUGUACAUAUUGGAGGGAAUAUAAACAAAAGAAUUGUGUGGAGCAUAGUUGUGGAAAUUGUGCUUUUUAUUAUAACAGUUAUCCUGGCAAUGGUUGAUUCUAGCGCGUGGCCAGAUGGAUUUUUUUAUAUCACUAUGAUAAGUGUUGUUUUUUUGAAUAUGGCCACCGGUAUAUAUCAGAACACCGUUUAUGGUAUGGCUGCCAAGCUGCCGUCAAGGUACACGGCUUCUGUAAUAUUAGGAAAUAACAUUUGCGGCACUUUCAUUGCCAUUAUUAGCAUCAUUUCUAAUCUGGUGACUUCCAAUGCGAGAAUGGCUGCCAUCUAUUACUUCAUAAUGGCACUGUUUGUGCUGUUGAUUUGUUUUGACACAUAUUUCGCCUUACCACUCAAUAGGUUUUAUAGACAUUUCCAAUUAAAGGAGAAGAAGGAGCUCGAACAGAGGCAGCAGAUAACAAAAGUAUCAAAUGAACGACCUCCUUACUUGUAUAUUCUGAAGAAGGCUAUGCCACAGUUGUACAACGUUUUCUUUAUAUUUUUCGUGACUCUGUCUGUAUUUCCAUCCAUACAUGCCAACAUCGAGUCCCUGGACAAAAAUUUUUUCAUCUCGCCCGCUCACUACUCGGCUAUAACUUGUUUUAUGACUUUUAAUAUUUUUGCUAUGCUUGGCAGCUGGCUACCAAGUUGUGUCAUUUGGCCUGGUCCAAAAUAUUUAUGGAUUCCGGUCACCCUGAGGGCUCUUUACAUCCCUUUCUAUUUACUGUGUAAUUACCAGGUGAAGGGAGUCGAGAGAAUCUUGCCAGUAGUAAUUACUAACGACUGGGUUUACUGGAUAGUCGCCAUUACUAUGGGUUUCACCAGCGGGUAUUUCAGUUCUCUUGCUAUGAUGUAUACGCCAAGAAUGGUUGAAGAGAGGUACGCUGCAACAGCGGGUAUGUUCGGCGGGGCUUUCUUAAUCACUGGCAUCUUCACGGGCGUCCUUAUGUCAUUCUUAUGGCCUUGGGUCAUAGGCAAUGUGGGCAACUAGCAAAAGUGUCUGGUAUAUGGCACAGAAAAGGAAUUUACCAUUAGAUUCAAGUUAUAAAAUAUUUUCUGGUCAUAUGCCUGCUGUUUUACUUUUUAUUGUAAUAAACAUUAUAAUGAUCAACAUCAGAGAACAUCUUACAAGAAAUACAAUCGUGGUUCUUCCAUAAAAGUAGAGCAAAUUAAUUUAUUUGAGGAAAAGUUAUGGGUAAACGUUAUUGCAACCGAGAAAAGUGGACGCAAUACAGGUAUAAUUUGAUUAUAAACUUAUGGAAGGUUUGUUCCUUGAGGAACCUGUUUUAUAUACGUAGAAAGUUUUACAUCACAAGUAUAACGUAUUGAAUAGCAUUGGAUAAACACGUAAUGUAAAUAUUAUUGUUGAUAAAAACUGAUAUUGUAGGGGCGAGGCACGAUAGUUAAUUAAAUCGUUAUUUACACUUGUCGCCUGUGUCGCCGUCUUGUUGAUAAGGGGCAAGUGAUUGGAUGCAAAUGAACUUUAUAUGAAUCUCAACAUUUUUUUAACUUAUAUAUAUAGGGUGGUCCAGGUCUUAAUUGAGAAACCUCACUUUGAGAUAAAAUAAAUUACAAACAAAAAAUUUCAUAUGAUUGUAGUUCGUAGAACACUUCGUUCUUGAUAUACAGUGUUGAAAUUAGAGAUUACAUUUUUUGAAAUAUCUUAAGGGUUAGAAGUAAUAGAACGCUUUCUGAAAAAACAUUGCCUUCGUUGAGCGCGAACAUCAACCUCGUACCAUACAAAAUGGAGGACAAAAAGGAUUUUUUAAAUUGCGAGAGACCUAUACCUUAUUCUCUCGAUAUGGAAAAAAGGGAUAUCAAAUAACAAUGUGUACAUUCGGAAGUUUCGGAUAGAAUGGUAUUCAGAGUAUCAGAGUGGUUGUGUUUAUUUAAAAAAAUUUUUUUGGUAUACCAUGUUUAAUUGUGGGUGUAAAGUCGAGCGUGUGGAAUAAGGAGAGAUUUAACAAUUUUGAGAACGUCGCAGGAGGCUGUCGUGACCAGAAAGCUUAUUUGGAACAUAUAUGAUUGUACGGUGUGCAUUAAUAUUCGCAGAAGUCCACGACCCGAACUUAUAUUUCUAUUUUUUAUAAAAUCUAAAUGAAAAUCUUCACGAACAUUAGCUUUUCGGUAAUAU